AUGAAUUAUUCAACAUUUUCAUUCUCACAAUUGGGUAAAUAAAUCUUACAAGAAAAUAAAGAUAUAUAAGAUUAAUUAACCUUAGAAUUACUCAAUAAUUAUAGGUCUGGUUCAUUUUUUAAACAAGCUUCCGAAAAUCGUUUGGCUUAAUAGAUUGAGAAAUAGAACUAAAUUAUAAAUAUGCUUAUGGAAAAACAAGAACCAGCAAGAUUUAACAACCCUAUAGAGUUUAUUAAAAAAGGAUAAUAAUAAUACUAAGAGCAGACUAGGGAUAAAUAUUAGAAUUUUUCUUAAAUUCAAUUGAUGUAACCCCUGCCUCUUCCUCCUCCUCCAAUAUUUAUGCCAUCAAACUUUUCUUUUAUGCAACAAUAAUAAGCAGAGAGAUAAUAACAAGAAAAAUUAAGAAUGCUUUUAUUAAUGAAAAAGCUAAAGGAAGAAAAUUUCUCUCUUAAAAUGAAAUUAUCUGAAAGAGGAGAGCAGCCUGAAAAAUCAUUUGAAUCAUAUUCGAAUAGUUAAAGUCAGCAACAAUCAAGCAAAAAAAGCGAAAAAUAGUAUAAAUAAUAGAAAAGAAAUUUGGGGCCAACACAAGAAGAUUACCAAAAAGAGAUAAGAUAAUUAGAAUAAUUAUUAUCAAAAAGAGCUAUUGCUCAACUUAAAAUAAGGAGCAAAAGAUUGACACUUAUGCUUUCAUUUAUUCGAAAAACAAAAUAAUUGAUAGAAUUGAAGAGUUCAUAAUUUCAAGAUAAAUUUCCAGAAAAUAUUUUAUAAUUCCAAAAUGAAUGUUUUAAAUGGAUGAAGGAUUUCACUAAUAUAAUUGUUGAUAAAUUAAAACAGCAAAAUUCUAAUGUUUCAUUGUAUUUGGACACUAAAGUCAAUCCUAAGGAGGCUUAGAAGCGAAUGGAUUAAUUAAAAAUAUAUGUGAAAAAUUUUAUUGAUGCUUUAUUUGAUAAUUAAGCUAGCAUCCCAAAAUUUUGUAAGGAAUAUCUAUUAUACUUUACAUUUAAUUUUUUUUGUACACCUGCUAACUUCCUUUUGAAAUUUGAGAUAAACAGAUUAUCAUUUACUCCAUAAGGAGGAACAAUACUUAACUAAAGAUAAAGUUAAAUGAUGAUAAUUACAAUAAUUAUAAUUAGAAUGUAUUUACAAUUUUUAAAUGAUCUAUGGGAACCAAUUCCAGCAUCUUCAUCCUCAACUUCAAAAAAAGCCAACUAAUAAUAUCGCUUAAAUAUCUAAUCAAUAUGCUCUGUAAUAUACUAUUUAGCACUGGAAGUCACUCGAGAAAUGGCUGCCAUCCAACGUGAUAAUCUUAAAUUAGUAUCUAAUGAUUUUCAGCCAAAGGUAAAGUCAGGAGGAGUGAUUAGGAUGAAAAACUUCGAAGAAAGAGAAGUUGAUAAAACUAAAUAAGAAAGUUUGAAAGAUGGGGACGAACCUUUAGUUCAUCCUAUUUUUGAUAAAAGUGAACUUAAUCCAUUUUUUAAAGACAACUCAACUAUAUAAAGUCUAAAAUCUACAAUUGAGGGAUGGUCAGAAAAUAUUUAUUAUAAUUUACAAUAAUGCAUAAAGGAAAUAUCGGCAGAAAAAAAACAUUAAUUUGAAAAUGGAGAAAAGUUGCUGCUUAUUUAAAAAAUUCAAGAUAAUAAAUAAUAAACAGAGGGUGCAAGACAAUUAAGAUAAAUUUAAAAUAGCAUUUUAGAACAAAAAGAGAAAAUUGCAUAAAUGAAAAAAUGUAUAUUAUGUUACAAAUUUAUAGUACUGAAUGUUUCCACCAAUAAAAAAUUUGAACAUAGUGAGCAGGAAUGGAAAUCUAAAUCAAAAUAGUCAAAUUUAAGUAAUCAAUAUUGA